UCCAACCCCUGCCCCUCCUCUGCUGUGUCCCACAGGGUAUGCUAGCAAGGUGCAGGUGUCCAUGCCCAAGGUGGUGGAGGUGGACCUGGGCCACACGGCCACGCUCCCCUGCAGAUUCCCGGACAGCAACAUCACCUACGUCCACUGGUUUUACAUCACCCACAGCGGCCGCACCAAGGUCUACUCCUGGGUGCAGGGCGAGGUGUUCAUGGAGGACCCGCCCUACGCGGGCCGUGUGAGCAUGGAUGACACCUUCACCCUGACCAUCACACAAACCACGCUGCAGGACGCCCGUAUCUUUGUGUGCCAGGUCGGGGCGGGCAGCCUGGGCGUGGGCGAGAACCGCACCGAGCUCCGCGUCUACAAGGCCCCGGAGCCUGCUGAAAUCGAGGCGAAUGAAGGUGGUAUCUCUGUGGGCAGUAGCGAGAGCCAAGAGAUCGCCGAGUGCAUCGUCCGCAACAGCUUCCCGGGGCCCAAUAUCACGUGGCUGAAGGAUGGGCAUCGCCUGCACCAGGAGGACGACAAAGUGAAAAUCAUGGACACGCGGACGCAGGAGGCCAGCGGGCUCUUCACCGCCAGAAGCCGGCUCUUUGCCUUCGUCACCCGCCAGGACCGCCAUGCCUACUUCCAGUGCCAGGCCCACUACCUCCUCUCAGGGGGUGAACACCAGGCCCAGUCGCCCAAGGUCCAAGUCCACAUCUUUUACCCCACGGAGAACGUGAGCCUGGCCAUCAGCGCCCCGCGCCCGCAGGUGAAGGAGGGCGACCACGUCGCGCUGCGCUGCCAGGGUGACGGGAACCCCCCACCCGAAUACACCUUCUUCCGAGUGCAGAACAACACCGCGACGGGGGAGGAGGAGGAGCAGGAGCUGCCGGGCAAGGCAGACAAAGGUGUGCUGAGCCUGGGCAAGGUGCACAAGGAGGACACUGGCCGCUACCGCUGCAAGGGCCUGGACCUGGACACCAUGGAGACCUUGACAGCCGACGCCGAGCUCGUCGUGAACUAUAUCGAGGGGCUGAAGGUGAUGAAGGAGGCGUCUGAGCCAGUGUCGGAGGGGGACAACCUCACCCUGACCUGCGAGGCGCGAGGCUCCCGGCCUCUGGCCUUCCACUGGCACAAGGACAAGAAGGGGAAAGCGCUGGGCUCCAGGCAGCAGCUGCAGCUCAGCAACAUCACGCGGGAGGCUGCGGGCAACUACAUCUGCGAGGUCACCAUGCCCGGCGUGCAGGGGCUGUCCCGCAACAAGCAGGUGCUCGUCGUGGUUCACGGAAAGCCGCAGGUGAGCAUGGAGGAGCCAGGGGUGCCCGUGCAGGAGAACGAGCUGGUGACCCUGACAUGCACAGCCUUGGCGCAACCCGAGCCCUCCAUCACCUGGAGCGCCAACGGGACGGUGCAAAACCGCACAGAGAACUACAGCGUGGUCAGCAACCUGACGGUGCAGGUCACCAGCAAACUGCUGCACUCGGGCGUCACCUGCACGGCCACCAACUACCUGGGCAUGGCCACGCGCCACAUCCAGCUGGAGCGCAGGAUGACACCAACGAUGCCGACAACGACGUCGCCUGCAGGCAAUGCGACCGUGGAGACCAUCAAGAAAGAGCAGAAGCCCCAGGAGAGCAAGGGCGUGAUCAUCGUGGCCGUCAUCGUGUGCAUCCUGGUGCUGGCCGUGCUGGGCGCCGUCCUCUACUUCCUGCACAAGAAGGGCAAGAUCCCGUGCGGCCGCACCGGGAAGCAGGACAUCACCAAGCCUGAUGCCCGUAAAGACGAGGUUGUAGUUGAAGUUAAGUCAGAUAAGCUUCCUGAAGAGGCGGGGCUGCUGCAGGCCACCAACGGCGACCAGAAACCUGCUGGGGACCAGGGCGAGAAAUACAUCGAUCUGAGACACUAGGGAGGCAGCUGCCAAGUGCUUUCCCGUCCAGACUUUCCCCGCUCCUGGAUCGCCGCCUCCCACCCCUGCUUCAGCCCCCCGGGAGCGUGGCCAGAGCCCGAUGCAUCCCAGCGCCCAGACUGCCCUGCAGGGACGAGCCCUCACUGCUCCGGCCAAGGAUUUGACCGAUGGCAGAAGAGCCGCAGUGCACCUGGACUUGCUCACCCCUCCGGGGGCCAAAGAUGGCCCCGCUGGCCCGAGGGGGGAGCACCUAAUGCCCAGCACGGUUGUGGGGAAGGAUCAGAUGCCUUUCACCCACCGCUUGCAGUAGGUGAGCCCCCCUCACCCCUUUGGGCAGGCUCAGAGCGGAGGGGCUGCUUCGCCAGUGGAAGCCCCUCAGAAAGACGAGCAGCCCCCUCGAU